GCGGCUGGGCCCACCCCAGCCCUGCCGGAGGCCCCGGCUCUGCCUGCAGAGCGCCCCGAGGAGCCUGGGCCCGCCCCAGCGCAGCCGCAGGUCCCGGCUCCGCCAGCAGAGCGCCCCCAGGAGCCUGGGCCCGCCCCAGCGCAGCCGGACGCCCCGGCUCCGCCUGCAGAGCGCCCCGAGGAGCCUGGGCCCACCCCAGCGCAGCCGGACGCCCCGGCUCCGCCUGCAGAGCGCCCCGAGGAGCCUGGGCCCGCCCCAGCGCAGCCGGACGCCCCGGCUCCGCCUGCAGAGCGCCCCGAGGAGCCUGGACCCGGCUUCGCCUGCAGAGCGGCCCGAGGAGCCUAGGCCCACCCCAGCGGAGCCGGAGGCCCCGGCUCCGCCUGCAGAGCACCCCGAGGACCCUGGGCCCACCCCAGCGCAGGCGGAGGCCCCGGCUCAGCCAGCGGAGCGCCCCGAGGCGGCUGGGCCCGCCCCAGCCCUGCCGGAGGCCCCGGCACCGCGUGCAGAGCGCCCGGAGGAGGCUGGGCCCACCCCAGCGCAGCCGGAGGCCCCUGUUCCGCCUGCAGAGAGCCCCGAGGAGGCUUGGUCCGCCCCAGCGCAGCCAGAGGCCCCGGCACCGCCUGCAGAGCGCCCCGAGGAGGCUGGGCCCACCCCAGCCCAGCCGGAGGCCCCGACUCAGCCAGCGGAGCGCCCCGAGGAGGCUGGGCCCACUGCAGCCCAGCCGGAGGCCCCGGGUCCGCCUGCAAAGCGCCCCGAGGAGGCUGGGCCCACCCUAGCGCAGCCAGAAACUUUGGCUCAGCCUGUAGAGCGCCCCGAGGCGGCUGGGCCCACCCCAGCCCUGCCGGAGGUCCCGGCUCCACCUGUAGAGCGCCCCGAGAAGCCUGGGCCCACCCCAGCGCAGCCGGAGGCCCCGGCUCCACCUGCAGAGCGCCCCCAGGAGGCUGGGCCCACGCCAGCACAGCCGGAGGCCCCGGCUCAGCCAGCGGAGCGCCUCGAGGAGGCUGUGCAUUCCACGGCCCUGCAGUGGACUCUGUCUCUUCCAGAGGACCCCGAGGUGACACUUCCACAUCCAGAGCAAGUUCAGGCUCAGCAACCACAUUUGACUGAAGUCACAGCUCAAUCUUUAGACCUGGAGCUUACCGUAACUCCAGAACCCACUACAGAGUUUGAACAUUCUACAGCCCUGAAGAAAGCUACAGCUCCUCCAAAGGACGUCGAAGUGACAUUUGCACACCUAGAGCAGGUUCAGACUCAGCAUCCAACUUUGGCUGAGGUCACAGUUCAACCUUUGGACCUGCGGCUUACCAUAACUCCAGAAUUCACUAAGGAGACUGAACUUUCUCUACCUAUGCGGGGGACCCCAGCUCAGCCUCCAGAGCCACCUAAGGAGGUUGUUGUAGCUCAGUCUCCAGUAUAUCAGGAGGAGAUUGUUCAGACACCAGGUCAAGAUCAAGCUCAGCAUCCAUCAUCACCCAAUGUAACAGUUCAACCUUUGGACCUGGAGCUUACUGUAAGUCCAGAACCCACUAAAGAAGUUGAACAGUUUACAACCCUGAAAAAGACUACAUCUCCUCCAAAAGACCUUGAGGUGACACUUGCACUUUCAGAGCAGGUUCAGUCUCACCGUCCAACCUUAAAUAAAGUCACAGUUAAACCUUUGGACCUGGAACUUACCAUAACUCCAGAAUCUGCUGCCGAGGUUGAACCUUCUCCAGCCAUGCCUGAGAUCCCAGAUCAGCAUCCAGAGCUGACUAAGGAACUUGUAUCCCAACCUCACACAUAUCAAGAGGCAGCAGUUCCAACACCACAUCAGGAUCAAGCUCAGCAUUGGUGGUCACCAAAUGUGACAGUUCAACCUUUGGAUCUGGAGCUUACCAUAACUCCAGAAUCUACUACAGAGGUUAAACAGUCUACAACCCUGCAGCAGACUACAACUCCUCCAAAGGACCUUGAGGUGACAUUUCCACAGUCAGAGCAGGUUCAGGUUCAGCAUCCAACCUCAAAUAAAGUCACGGUUAAACCUUUGGACCUGGGGCUUACCAUAACUCCAGAACCUACUACAGAGACUGAAACUUCUCCAACCAUGCAAGAGACCCCAGCUCAGCCUCCAGAGCCACCUAAGGAGGUUGUAGUUCAAUAUCCGUUUCAUGAGGAGGUGACAGCUCCACCUCCAAGUAAGGAUCAAGGUCAGCAUCCAGCAUCACCCAGCACCACAUUUCAUCAUGUGGACUUGGGGCUUACCAUUACUCCAGAAGCUAUUACAGAGCCUACACAUUCUACAGCCAUGAAGAAGACUAUAGCUCCUCCUCCAAAGGACCUUGAGGUGACACUUGCCCAUCCAGAACAGGCUCAGAGUCAACAUCCAAACCUGACUAAAGUCACGGUUCCACCUAUGGACCUGGAAAUUACUGUACGUCCGCAACCGGAGUCAUCUGAGACAGUUUUUCCCCCAACGACCCAGCGUUCAGUGCUGCAUUUUGUAAAAUAUACCCCAGAAAAGUCAUACGCAACUUUAACUGAGCAACCGGAAGAGAAUGCUACCACGAACAUCAACAUAUGUGAGCUCUGUAUCUGCAAAGAUGAGACGCUGUCGUGUACCGGUUUCAGCCCAAAGCAGAGGCUCCACAGAGUGCCUGUGCCAGAGCCCAGCACCUACAAUGGCACCUUCACCAUCUUAAAUUUCGAAGGAAAUUCUAUUUCUUACAUUGAUGAAAAUAUAUGGAAGGCAUACCGUUGGGCUGAGAAACUAAUUCUCAGGGAAAAUUAUUUGACCGAAUUACAUAAGGACUCAUUUGAAGGCCUACUAUCACUCCAGUAUUUAAUUCUCAGUCGUAACCCUCUGACAACUGUUGAAGAUUCAUAUCUUUUUAAAUUGCCGGCAUUAAAAUAUUUAGACAUGGGAACAACACAGGUGUCACUUCCAACAAUUGAGAGCAUCCUCAUGAUGACCCUUGAAUUGGAAAAACUGAUUUUACCUAGCCGUAUGGCCUGCUGUCUCUGCCAAUUCAAAAAUAAUAUUGAGGUUGUCUGCAAGACAGUCAAGCUGCAUUGUGACAGUGAAUGUCUGACAAAUGCCACACAUUGUGAUGAAGAAUUAUCUGUAAGGAACGCAGAAGGAUCAUUCAUGAAGGUAUUGAAAUCCCGGAAGAAGAGCACCAGUACUGAGCUGACGAUUGAGCCAGAGAAGGCAUCCUCAGACAAAAAUGGCGUCAGUUUAGCCUUUCUGAAUGAGCAGCUAGACUUUAAUGAUGAAAGUGAUGUUAUUAGUGCGCUGAAUUACAUAUUGCCUUAUUUCUCAGAGGGAAAUCUAGAAGAUGUAGAAUCAACGUUAUUACCAUUCAUUAAACUUCUGUUUUCAAAUGUGCAAGAUGGAGACAAGCCCAUGGGUCCCUUGACAAACAACACAGGGAACACUUCUCUUAAACCUGGACCCAACAAUUCAACUUACAAAAAUAAACUGAGGAAACUCUAUUCUCUAGAAAAUUUAUUAGAUGCAGAAAUUCAAGAAAAAAUUGAUGAGGUGAAAAAGAAAGAAAAAACUGCCAUGCUUAUACAUUCCGGCCUUUUCGGUCCCAAAUUCAAACGCCAAAUCUUUCCAAAGAAAUUGGAAACUACCCAAGCACAGGAAAAGAGCCUCGCCAAGGCUGAGAGUGUAGGGAAAAAGAUGCUGAGAGUAAAAAAGGUUAUCAAGGGCCCAAAGGGCCUAAAGAGAAGGCACUUCAAACAAGUGGGCAAUCAGAGAAACUGGCGGCAACAGAAUGCCCAGCCAUUUGUGGAGAAUAGGGCCAAAGAAAGAAGGGUCAGUAGACCGUCCCCAAGGGAGCUGGAGCAGCUUCACAUGGCGCAGAGGCCCAGGAAAUUAGUGGGAGACUCCUUCAAUACGGAGCCUUCGUUCAUAAAGGAGCACAAGGCAGCAGUCUCUUCGUUCGUGAAACAAUACUCCUUGGGCAGGCCUUCUGCCUCCACUGCUCCAAAAUCCCUACCUGAGGUGAAAAACAAAUCAAAAGACUUAACCUACACCAUUUUUGUUUUAGAGGAUGCAAAUGCUAGAGUUAGGAAUAUGAAGGCUUCUAAACCAGUCUCACAUUCCAGAAAAAAGUACCUCUUUCAUAAAACUCGCUCACGUGUGGUCCACAGAGCACCCAAGGCCAAGCUGAGUCGAAAAUUCAGAAAGAAAAGUCCUCUCAGUAAUAGGCUGAUGCUUGCAAAGAGGCCUCCAUUCUCUGCCAUCAGGAGCCUCAUAAAUUCCCCUUCACGGGAGGCUUUUUCAUCUUCAGGAGAACUAAGUUCUCAGGAAAAUCCCUUUCCAGAAUUAUUAACUCCUUCAGAGCCUUUUAGACAAAACACUACUGUAGAAAACAGUACUGCACAGAAUGUUUCUGAGAACCCUAUUUCUACAAGAAACAUGACUGUGCCAGAACAAACCCUCUUUGAACUCAGGAACCAUAAGAAUCUUUCCAGUGCAUAUUCUACAGCCACCACAGACAACUUUAUGCCAACUGUUAACCAAACCAAUGAAACACGAUGGAUAUACAACAGCACGGGCACUGAAUUGCCCCCGAAGCCCACAGGCUUCACUGUGUCGAAGCUUUCAGCUCCAGGUGACCUAUUUGAAAUUCAGCUAAACCAGCAGCUACGGUCCCUCGUCCCGAACAACGACGUGAGAAGGCUCAUUUCUCACGUUAUCCGGACUUUGAAAAUGGACUGCUCGGAGACCCACGUGCAACUGGCCUGUGCCAAGCUCAUCUCCAGAACAGGCCUCCUGAUGAAGCUUCUCAGUGAGCAGCAAGAAGUAAAGGUGUCCAAGGUAGAGUGGGAUACGGACCAAUGGAAGACUGAGAACUACAUCAAUGAGAGCACAGAAGUCCAGAGCAAACGGAAAGGGCAGGAGUCCAGUGAGCUCACAAAAGAAGUUCCAGGUUAUGGCUAUAACAACAAACUCAUCUUGGCAAUAUCUGUGACUGUAGUAGUGAUGAUUUUGAUUAUAGUUUUCUGUCUCAUUGAGAUUUAUUCUCACAGAGCAGCAUCCGAGGAAGGUAAAGAAGGAAGCUCAAGGGGCUUCUUUCAAUCCCUGCUGCGGAAGAGAUGCUCAACAGAAAGUGAGAGUCAGGAGGGCUUUUUCUGGAGAAGGCGGCCACUUUGGCUUCGGGACAUGUACAGACCUCUCAAUGCCACACGCAAGAAAAACAUGGCACAGAAGCUGCAUGACAGGGGUUCUUCUGAUGAGGAUGAGAUUUUCAACAAGGAACCGGGAGAGAAAAGUGAAGCCCCAGCAGAGAAGGCUCAGGCCACAGAUUCCACCACUGAAGAGCUGGGUGACGAGAGCGAGACCCUCACCGAGAUUGUCAUCGAGUGAGCCCGUCCUGCCUCAGGUCGCCUACGAAGCUUAUGUUCUGAUAUUGGCUUCUCAGCAUUGCUUGUAAAAUACUUAUUUUUCUCCUAUUAAAAUGUAUGAAUUCAUAACCAAUUCUAGCCAUGUGGUAAGGAAUUAAAAUGGAACUAGUUAAACAUGUCCAUCCAGGGAACAGCGGCCACAGGCGUGAGGAGCAGGACUGAAGCUGGAAUCCCUCGUGGGAGCCAGUGUACUUCCACAAGAGCAGUGCAGGCAAAGGAGGAUGUGUAGGGGUGUCGUUCCCUCGUUUCCCUGAUCAAAUCAGUCUCUGGAAACUGGAAAACAUAUAUUCAGGGAAUGUAGACUCUUAAAUCAGUUAGCAGUUUAUUCUGGUGCUCUCUCCCCUGGCUAUUCACAACACGCUUGACCUGCCCAGAGAGGACCAUCUAUUUCUGGCCCCUCUCAUAAGGUCUUCGGCGUUGCCAGAAUAUUUGGAUCACUGAGACUAGCUCCACUGCAGGGCUAAGCCCUGUCUUUCUUCCCAAGUACUCAAACUCAUGCACACAAUGUGUGCCCUGUCUUGGCAAGUAGAGGGUUCUUCACCCUUACAAGCCUGUGGAUAAUUCACAUUGGGGUGUUUGGGGUUUGUUUUCUUAAAAAAAAAAAAAAAGAAGAAUGUGUGAGAGCAUUAAUUGCCCAAUCUGCGGAAAAGGCAAAAAUUCCUCCACUCCUGCGGCACCCGGGUGGUUCGGUUGGUGAAACAUUAAACUCUUGGUUUCAGCUCAGGUCAUGAUGGAUGUCCAUACACGUAAUUGGUGCUCAUCACUGGGGGGCUAGUGGUGGUGAACGUCGGGGGCCGGGGGAAUCGCAUCACUAG